AUGCCUCUUUUACUUGUUUUAUUAUUAACUCAAGCACUUUCCUUCACCUCUCAAGAAUUUGAACAAUGGCGUGUAUCUCACCAUAAAUCGUACACCAACAAAGCAGAGUAUCUUUAUCGUCUCGCCGUCUUCUUAGACAACAAGAGAUACGUCACUCAACAAAACAAAAUGACUCAACGUGUCGAAUUAAAUAUAUUCAGUGAUAUGACCAAUGAGGAAUACAUCAAAACGCACUUCGGCGCACCAAUUCAAGUGUCUCCAAUCGAAACAGUGAAUGAUAUGAAAGAAGAGGACGUCUCCGAUUCUUCAAGUUCCGUAGAACCACUCCCCGUCGCUGUUGAUUAUACUCCUUUAAUGCAACCAAUUGGAGACCAAAAAGAUUGUGCUUGUGGAUAUGCCUUUUGUACCACUGCUGUCAUGGAAGUCCGUGCUCUCACCGACUUGGGAAUCACUGAGAACCUCAGUGAGCAACAGAUCCUCAAUUGUGAUCCAUACGACAACAGUUGCCACGGCGGGCAUCCCAAGAAUUGUAUGCACUAUAUCAGCGAAUACGUCGGCUUGACUUCCGAAGAGAAAAUCCCAUACACGGGUAUUCCAGUCAACUGCGACUUAACUAUUGACGGCGAUGUCUCGGUAUACAGCGCAAAGACUUUAUUAAGAGGGGAAGACAUCUUACAAAGAGAAGUUGCUAAGACGGGACCAGUCGCGGUGAUGAUCGACGCAACACAGCAGUCGUUCCAAUUAUUAGCGAGAGGGGUGAUCUACGAAGAGCCAAAUUGUCACAAGAUGUUAUUGAAUCAUUGUGUUGCAAUAGCUGGAUAUGGCGUUACAGAUGAUGGUGUUGAGUAUUGGAUCGGUAGAAACUCUUUUGGGACUCAAUGGGGUGACGAUGGGUAUUUUAGAAUUCGACGAAACACAGGGGAGUGUGGACUUGGGUAUGACUCGACUGAGCCAAGAAUUUGUUUUUAUAUCAUUUUCAAUACAAAAGAGUGUUUAAUUAACGACUUAAUUGAAUUGUUACUUAACAAAAUAGAACACAAGUUUUGUCCCUUACUUAAAACCAUUAAGUAUAGUAAAAAACAAGUAAAAAGAAUAGUUACCAGAUACUACCAAGUUGUGAACGACGAAAUCUCACACGAAUUUGAUCAAAUGAUGAUAAUCCUAAUACUUUUGUUCACUCAUGUCAUAUCACAAAACUAUGACGAUCUUUUGAUUUAUUCAACACUGGACGGGUCGUUGACCGCACGAAGAAUGAUCGACGGAGCGCUGGUCUGGCAAACGAAAUCAUCAGACACAUUACUCUCGUCGUCAUUCACGGGGUCGACACUGUACAUUCCGUCGAUCGACACGACGCGAACACUCUUUGUGACAGACAAACAACACGCAAAACUCCGUCGGCUCAAAUUUAAAGUCGACGAAAUCUAUCGCUCGUCGCCAACUCUAAUAGAAAAUGGGAUGAUCUUCUGUACGAAAGAGUCUUCUGUGUUUUCGGUCGACGCAAAAUUGGGGGCGAUCACACACUUCCGCUCGACUUCGGGAAAUUUGCCGUUUUCGAGAAAUGAGUUUAAGAUCAAAGCGAUUGACCCUUUGAGUGGUAUUGAACUGUGGAACAUGACAAUUGGGGAGUAUAAGACUGUCGGAGAGAUCACACAGAAGAUCGAUACAAAACACAAGUUAGUGCUCAACCCGUUGACAUUACAUAUGCAAAUGUAUGAAUAUGGCGAGGACGUGUGGAACAGAAAGGUGAACUCUUCUGAUAUUAGAAACGCGUUUUACUAUGACUCCGAGAAUGAUGAGAUAUCAGAAAUCGAAGUCAUGUUCGUGACGUUGUCGAAUGAUGUGGUGGUCAAUGUCUUUAAUGGCUGCUUCUACGCAAUUGUCCCUUUUUCUAAUAACAACUACGACAACGUCGAUGUGAUCGAUAAUACUCAGAAUGUCCACGCUACUCGACUCCUCAUCGCACCACCUACUAAUACACAAUCAAGUGACGAUAAUGAUGUGUUGGAGAGAUAUAACGAGGACGACAUGGUCUGUAUCAACAAAUAUGAGACUUUUCCUGUAGCAUUACCCGAAGGAGGGAUACUCGUCGUCGACAAGGGCAAUAUUAUCGACUUCGACGAGAAGUCGUGGGACAAUAUUGAACAGCCGAAGGACGCGUUUCCGUCAUACCCUUCUUCAAUAGUACAUGACAAUACCGUCCCCAAACUCCCAACGAAGACCAACCCAAAAAGAUACCUCAUCUUUUUCUUACUCGUUUUCAUCGUCAUUUUGAUAGCCAUUUUAUUCGUCGUUAUUGCGUCGAAGAACACGAAUGUCCCCCUCGAAGUUUCAACUAAGCAGUUGGGCACGGGGAGUCUUGGAACAAUUGUCUUCGAAGGUCGAUUUAAUGGGAAACAAGUUGCUGUGAAGCGACUUGUGAAAGAGUUUUAUUCCAUCGCACAACACGAAAUUGAUAUCUUCAACGAGACAGAAGAAUUUCCAAAUCUUGUGAGGUACUACACGAGUUACACUGAUCGCAAUUUCAUCUACUUAGCACUGACGUACUGCACUUGCACGUUAGAGGAACACGUGAAUACGUUACAAUAUGGCAAAAGUCCAUUACUCACCGAUCACACAAUUUUGCUGAUGAAGGGAUGUGCCCGUGGAGUCUAUUACCUUCACAAGUUAGGUAUUGUCCAUCGUGAUUUAAAGCCGCAGAAUGUCUUAAUAGAUACCAAAGGAGACGUUCGUAUCACUGAUUUUGGGUUGGCUAAGAAGGUUGGAGAUGCUUCGUUCACGUGUUCCCAUGGUGGGAGUGCUGGGUGGCAAGCCCCCGAAGCCAUUCGAGGGGAGCGUCUCACGUCCAAAGUUGAUAUCUUCAAUUUGGGGUGUUUGUUCUACUUCAUUGCGUUAAAGAGACAUCCCUUUGGGGAGUUAAUAGAUCGUCCGAAGAAUGUGAUGCAAGGCAAAGUCGAGACAAUAUACCCGGAUGACUCGAAUAUCCACCAGAACGAAUUCACAAUGACUCUUGCACUCUUAACACGAACAGAUCCCAAAAAUAGACCAACCGCUGAAGUCGUGUUGUCACUGCCCCUCUUCUGGGACUGUAACAAAAAGCUUCACUUUAUUCGAUGCGCGUCGGACAAAUUCGAGGUCGACCCCUCCCUUAUUAUUACGCGAGAAUUGGACAACUCCGGAAUCGGAAUACGAUGGAACCAAGUGAUCGACCCAAUGCUUCUCGAGUCACUAAACAAAUUCAGGAAGUACGACUUUAAUAGAACCAGAGACUUACUCAGAGCUAUUCGAAAUAAAAGUCACCACUAUUUCAAUCUCCCCAUCGACGAACAAAACUUGUUUGGAGAAUACCCCGAUGGACUCUAUAAGUAUUUCCACGACCGUUUCCCGACACUCUUGGUAUUGGUAUAUAACGUAGUGCUCAAGUUUUACCCAGACGAACUGAUCUUCAAGGAGUUCUUCAUGUACCAAAUGAAUUGA